AUGGAUGCACUCUGCACGACGGCACGUGCGUGUGGAUUCGACGCCACGCCGUUUGUAGCGUGGCCGCACCACACACCGGCGCCGCGCUGGUACCUGCACCUCCGCAAGCACACGCGUCACGAGGCACAGCCUGGCGUGGGGCAGGAGCAUGCUUGCAGGCAACCAGCAACGCCACCCGCGUAUUGUAGCUGUCUGUUUCUGAAGACAGCGACAAACAUCAGCGCGCCCUGUAUUCUGUCGGUGCAACACGUCUUGCUGGACACAAGCGAUGAUGGCGAUGGUGAUGAUAGCGAUAGCGGUCAUGGCGAUGAGCAUGAGCGGCGUUUCAGAGCAAAGGACAAGGGCAUGAAACCGCUGACGUCCGCGGAACAUGUUGUUGCCGUGAACCUUCGAAGGGCCAUGGGGGAUGAUGCAACCUUCGAGGAUUACGUGCAACACUACAAGCACACCAUUCACCCAAUCCUGCACCCAGCAGCGUGA